AUGCAUUCCACCGUAGGACUUCUGGUCUUUUAUGGCUGUUUUGUGCACCAAGCGGUCGCCUUGCCUGCUCCUGGUUCGGAGGUCAAGCAGGAGGCAGCGAAGAUCACACUAGGAACAAUCAAGCUCACAGGAAUCAAUCUGGACGCAACAGCGACUAGUUUUUCCACCGCAGCGGAGCCUACGACCACAGAGCCUAUGGUGAUCUGGAUUGAUGUCACCCCUCGAUCGGAACCCACGAGUACGAUCAGUGUCGAGAAGCUAUAUCCUUCAUACCAUGAAGCCCCGUCACAACAGAUGGCCACAGGAGGCCUGCCAACAUCCAAGCCCAGCCCGACUACAAUUACUAGGCAAGGCUCUCUAUCCGCUGCAGUUCCCCCAUACCACACGGUUACAGGAGUCAGGCCAGGAUCUGAAUCCAGCAUGAACACGUUGACCGGGCAAGGAUCUCCAUACACGGCAGUCCCCUCUCAUGAAAGUACCCCAAGAACCCAUGCUGGCACCAAGACCAAAGUGCACGGGCAGCCCAAGGUCACACCGGUAAAGCCAGGAAAUCAAGAUGUCUCCAUCCCACAGCACGCCACAGCAGGUGUCGAGUCACAGAGCAGAGAUCCAGUAUCAGGACACGAGCAGGGACAUACGACAGGUUCGCAUUCAAGUGCAUACAACGGUUCAUUCCAACAUCAUAGUACCACGCAAAUUGUAGCAGGAUCCACGACCACGGCAUCGACGCACCCAACGAUGACCGAAAUGAGGCCAGGAUGGUAUCACGGGCCCCAGAGACCAAGUGAGCAUUACCCACACUAUCGACCAGGUGGACAUUACCCACACCGAAGACCAGCCGGGACCAGUGUGCCCACCAGUACAGGGUCAGGAAGACAUUUUUGGUAA